AUGCGAGAGGCACUGGGAGCAUUAGAUGCGCCCCCUUGGAUUAUCAUGCCUGGUCAGAAUAAGCCCACGCAGACGUUGCGGCCUCUGCUCCCGGCUCCCAGAGCUUUGCAGCCGCUUCCUCCACGUUUACCCCCAGCUUCGUCGAAAAAACGGUUAAUACCAAGCACGAAAGUUGCAUGUAAUGCCUGUAGAUCCAAGAAGAAGGCCUGCGAUGGCAAAAGACCCGCAUGCACGCCUUGCACGGAGCUCGGAACGCAAUGCGUCUACAUCAGUGCCAACGAAACAGAGACGGCGGCGAUGGCUCUAAAACGAGAGAACCAGAUGCUUCGUGACAUGUUGAGUCAGCUCACGGCGAUGCCAGAAGACGUUGCUCAUCAGACUCUUAAGAAGCUCAAAUUCGCCGUGGACCCGUUCUCCGCCUUUCGCACCAUCAGACCAUCCGCGCCAAAGGAUGUCCGGGAAGUUUUACCUCACGUCCAUUCCGAUAUCGAGUUUGAGCUCACAAGACGGCAUCCUUCCGUGUACCCUCAAAUUCGGAGGCUGUCACGCAGUGACGUGUUGGAGAGUGCGGCGUCGAGACCGGCCAAGGUGGCACGGAUUGCAAGCUCAUCCGGGGAGAGCCGCUCAGUCCCAGACGAUGGCAGAGACCGUGACAUGGCCGAAGUAACGUCGUACAACCCUAAUUUCGCGUCGGAUGUCGGUACUCGGCCAUACAGUACAGCGUUCUUCGUCUCGCCGACGGGCCCUUCUCCUCCGCCUCCUCCUCCAGUUCGCAAGGACCCACGGUUGAGGAAGCUCAGCAUUGGCUUCUGGACCGUGGUGCCCAUUACCAACCAAGACGCGGCAGACGCCAUCUCAAUAUACCUGGAAACGGAUCAUCCGGUGUUGGGGUUAUUCGAUGCUGACCUGUUUCUUGAUGACCUGAUUGGCGGGGAAGUGCGUUAUUGCUCUUCCCUCCUUGUCAAUGCCCUUCUUGCGUUCGCCUGCCAAGCGUACGCAGCAAAGAAUCCGGAAGCAUCGCGCUGGAGCCAGGAGUUUGAAGAAGAAGCAAACAAACUCUGGCUCGUGCAGAACGAUGACACUCUGCCCACAAUCGCCGCUUUGGCAUUCCUGAUUCAAUCCUGCGGAUGCAACGGCAAUGGCGAGCUGGAUGUUCGAUACAUCAAGGAGACGGCCGCCAUGGCCAAACGGCUGAAGCUCUUUGGUUGUCCUGAUGCAUACACGUUCGCAGAUCUGAGCCAUCUGUCAGAGGCGAAGGCUCGGGCAACCGCUCAGACCGCCUGGGGAGUCUUCGACACUCUAAGCAUGAUAUCCCAGUAUUAUCUACCAGCGACUACUGAGUAUCCGCCGAGGCUCCCGAUUCCGGGCAGCGGUGGGCUCAGGGGCUCGGAGAUCGGAGUCGAACUGGCGCAGAGCAGCAGAGAAAGUAGCGCAGGAACUUCUUCGGAUCUUGAUACGUGUCCUCGACCGCGUUCCCAUUUGAAGAGGGGCCGGUCAUCGUCGUUGACAUGGCCUGUCUCGGAUAUAUUUGCACCCCUUUGCGAGUUGUGGAAGAUAUCGUCUCAAAUCACAUGGGUUUACCAGCACGACAGCAGUCUCGGACACUCGUCGCGAGCUUUCGCCCUAGAAAAAUACAGCAAGCUUCUGGUCUGGGCGGACAACUUGCCCGAGAGCAUGAAGCGUUGCGAGCACAGCCCGUAUCAGGUGCUCGUCUGCCACAUAUGGUUUCACGGUACGGUCCUCUAUCUCCUGAGGCCAUUCAUUCCCAGUGACCAGCAACACGGUUUUAGGUCAUGGUCACCGUCGGCAGACCGGAUCCAUGCCUUCUUCGCUGCCUCGAUCGAGCAGCUGAAAGAACUGGCUGAAUUGUACGCGUCCUGUCCACAGUCAACGUACAGCAUCUUCGGCCACCCGGCGCUUCUCCACGUCGCCAAUGCCGUGGCCAGCGACAUCGGCAACCCAGAGUGGCGAAUCUAUUUUAUGAGCUGCAUCCGUGCGUACCAGGCUCUCUACAGCUCGUUCACGGUCGCCGAGGUGAUUGCCGGGGGUCUAUUGUCCAUGGUGGUCAGGAAAGGUGCCAUGGAUACAGCAGAGGCAUUUGGUCUGCUACAGGAGCUGAGGGCAAAGAAGCGCCAGAAGCUCGUGGGCCGGGCGACUGGGAUGUUUGUGACGGAUUUCGACCUGGCCGUGACGGAUCGUGAGGCGGCGAGGGCAGAUCGGAUGAUGGAGAAGUUUGAGGAGAUGACCAUUUUGGACGAGUUUACCCACGGCGUCAUAUAA